CUGUGAAAAAAUUCAGUUGCUCCUAACACGCAACGACAACAACAACAGCAACGUGAGCAGCCAAAACAAACGCACGCACGCACGCAAGCACGCACGCAUAUUAACGCACGCAUUGUGGGCGCCCACCUCCAAACAGACGAGCAGCAGCAGCAGCAGCAGAGCCAAUCAGUGCAAGCAAGAGAGACGCCCACAGCAUCAGCUUAAAGCUUCAUCAUCAUCAUCAUCAUAUAGAUAUAUAUACAUAUAUAUCUUCAUACACAUACUAUAGAAAUAAUGAGCUCACCGAUUGUAACGCGACGCGGCGCACAGCAGGCAAAGAUUCAAACACGCGCAAUGCUUAAGUCAAAAUCAACGCUCAACUCAACGGCGUCAACGGCGACAGCGACGGCGACAAAUGCAGCGAUUGCGCUGAGCAGCAACAGCAGCAGCAGCUGCGCUUCUCGCAAACCGAGUCCAGCGCUUCAGGAGGCGAAACGUCGAGCGCGCAACAUGCUGAAAGCCCAGUCUACAGAUCCAGUGGUGGACAUUUUUCAGAAUGCCAUGAAUGCUAAGAAUAUGCAGCGUGGGGCAACAGCGCUCAUCUAUGAUGACUCAAUGAGCGAGCAUCGCUGCCUCUGGGAUGAAACGCAUCAGGAGAGACCCGAGCGCUUUACGCGCACAAUGGAACGUUGUCGGGAGCUGAAACUGGUGGAUCGUUGUCUGCAGCUAAAAUCGCGUCUGGCCACAAAGGAGGAGAUCCUCAAGCUGCACUCGAUGGAGCAUUACGAACGCUUGGAGCAAACAUCUGGCGUUCAAAAUGAUGAGGCACUGGAGGAACUGAGCUCCCAUUAUGAUGCGAUCUUUAUACAUCCGUCCACGUUUAAGCUAUCGCUUUUGGCCAGCGGCUCGACCAUUGAGCUUGUGGAUCAACUGCUGCUGGGCAAGGCACAGAACGGCAUGGCCAUUAUCCGGCCGCCUGGUCAUCAUGCGAUGAAAUCAGAAUUUAAUGGCUAUUGCUAUUUCAAUAAUGUUGCCUUGGCUGCCCAGCAUGCCAUCGAUGCCUAUCAGCUGCAGCGCAUCCUGAUCAUCGACUACGAUGUCCAUCAUGGCCAGGGCACACAGCGUUUCUUCUACAAUGAUCCCAGGGUUUUGUAUUUCUCGAUACAUCGUUACGAGCAUGGCAGCUUCUGGCCCAAUUUGCCAGAAUCGGAUUUUCAUGCGAUUGGCUCUGGCGCCGGCACCGGUUACAAUUUCAAUGUGCCGCUCAAUGCGAAAGGCAUGGGCAACGGUGAUUAUCUGGCCAUCUUCCAGCAGCUGCUCGUGCCCGUCGCCCUUGAGUUUCAGCCGGAGCUGAUACUUGUAUCGGCCGGCUAUGAUGCGGCCUUGGGUUGUCCCGAGGGCGAGAUGGAAGUGACGCCCGCCUGUUAUCCACAUUUACUCAAUCCGUUGCUGCCGUUGGCCAACGCACGCAUCGCUGUCAUCCUCGAGGGUGGCUACUGUGUCGACUCAUUGUCCGAGGGUGCUGCUCUCACGCUGCGUGCUCUGCUGGGCGAUCCGUGUCCGGCGCUGGUGGAGCCGCUGCUAUUGCCCAGCCCAGAGUUGCGUACGGCGCUGCUCAACUGCAUCUACGUGCAUCGGCCGUACUGGCGCUGCCUGCAGCUGCAACAGACCUAUACACCCGGCGAAUUGGAGCAGCUGCAGCAUGGCGCAAUGGAUGCAACCGAUGGAGCGCAACAAUUGCAUUGCGUUCAACGCAUCUGGCUGGGCGGACCGAUACAAACAGUGCCGGCCGUCGAUCAACGGUAUCCGACGCGUGGCACCUCCGUCCAGCUGAGUGCCACAGUUGUGGCAAGCAACACAGCACGUCUGCGUCUGCUGCGCACCGAAACGCAGCUGGGUGUGCCGGCAAUGCGAGUGUGUUAUGCCUACGAUGCACAGAUGCUGCUCCAUUGCAAUCUGCACGAUGUCACACAUCCGGAGCAGCCGCAGCGCAUUCGUCAGAUCCAUCAGAUGCACACCGAUUAUCAGCUGGUCGAACGGAUGAAGCCGCUGCAGCCGCGCACAGCGACAACGGAUGAGGUGUGCCUGGCCCAUACACGUGCCCAUGUGAAUACGGUCCGUCGUCUGGCCGGACGCAAACCGGAUGAAUUGCAGCAAUUGGGUGCCGAUUACAAUUCCGUCUAUCUACAUCCGAGUACCUUCGAUUGUGCCACACUCGCCGCCGGCGCCGUACUCCAGGCGGUAGAUAGUGUUAUGCGCGGCGAGACGCGCAGUGGCAUCUGCAAUGUCCGUCCGCCGGGACAUCAUGCCGAAUCGGAUCAUCCGCAUGGCUUUUGCAUAUUCAAUAAUGUUGCAAUUGCCGCACAGUAUGCGAUACGUGAAUAUCAAUUGGAACGCAUCUUGAUCGUUGACUGGGAUGUCCAUCAUGGCAAUGGCACCCAGCACAUCUUCGAGUCCAAUCCCAAGGUCCUCUACAUUAGUGUCCAUCGCUACGAGAAUGGCGCCUUCUUUCCCAAGGGACCCGAUGGCAACUACGAUGUUUGUGGCAAAAAUGCCGGAUGUGGCUUCAAUGUGAACAUCCCAUGGAAUAAGAAGGGCAUGGGCGAUGUGGAAUAUGCGUUGGCCUUCCAGCAGCUAAUCCUACCCAUUGCGUACGAGUUUAAUCCGCAGCUGGUGUUGGUUUCGGCUGGUUUCGAUGCGGCUAUCGGUGAUCCAUUGGGUGGUUGCAAGGUGACACCGGAGGGCUAUGGCCUCUUCACCCAUUGGCUGUCCGCAUUAGCUGGCGGACGGAUCAUUGUGUGCCUCGAGGGUGGCUACAAUGUCAAUUCCAUAUCGUAUGCGAUGACCAUGUGCACCAAGACCCUGCUAGGUGAUCCAGUGCCGAUCUCGUCCACAUCCGCAUCAUCCUCGUCAUCAGCGCUCGGCUCCCAAACGGUUGCGUUCCAGAGCUGUGUGGAGACGCUGCAGCUGUGUGUGGAGCAGCAGCGCAAGCAUUGGAAGUCGCUGGUGUUCAACAGCAAACUGCCACAAGGCAGCACGCUGGGCGAGAAGAAUAACAAUGAGGAUUUUCUUGCUGUCGCAUUGGAGCAGCUAAAUAUCACGUCGCAGGGUGAUGGAGAUGCUUCCGUUCCCGCUGCUAAUAUCCACGAUGAUGGUGAUGGUGGUGGCCAGCAGCAGAUCUCGGCCAGCGGCACCAAGCCCAAAGUCAAGGUAAAAACGCAAAUCAAACAUGCGUCAGAGGCACUCGAGCAAAAGGAAUUGCUUACAAUUUGUGCGCUCAAAAGCUGCCCACACUUGAGCCUUUUGCGCACGGCGGAGGCUCCCAAAUCAAUAAGGGGGAAGAAGAGCGCGUGCGGCGACUGCGAAUCAACGGUGGAGAAUUGGUUGUGUUUGAGCUGUCAUCAGAUCGGUUGCGGUCCCCACACAUACGGCCACAUCGAACAGCAUUGCCAACGCAACAAACAUCCGUUGGCGCUGUGCCUUGGCGACAUGUCCGUUCGGUGUUGCGAGUGCAAUAUCGCCAAAAUCGUCGAGCAUCCCCAGCUCGAUGCGUAUAAGAACACAAUGGCGUCGCAUCUCGACAAGUUUGAUGACGGUGAUGAUAAUGCUAAUGAUGACAAUGAUGAUGAUGAUGUUGAGAGCAGCUAUUGCAUAGUGCAUCCGGAGCGGAAUGAGCCAUGACCCAUGUUGUUGCGUGUGCUGUCUGCGCUAACGGUUUACAUGUGCAGGCUGUCGCCGACGCUUGGACAUCUGCUGCAGCUGCUCGUGGAGCAUUGGUGGCCGCUGCUUGAGCGCAUUUAUCUAAAGCUCAUACAAUAUUUUCUCUCCCAAUGAGAGUCCCCCUCCCCCAUUCCCUCCUCCCCUUGUGUACCUUCGCAAACGCUGUUAAUUGUUUGUUUUGGGUUUUCACACGUUUUGUGGACCCUUACUUAAUUAUUGUAUGCAUUUUACUUAUAGAUACAUCAUAUGUAUAUAUAAAUAUAUGUAUUAUGUGUAUUAUCAUUGUUGAGUAGCUAAAAAAAAAAUACAAUUGUUAUCACAUUUGAUCAUUACUUGACUAAUAUUAUGAUUAUAUACCAACUAAUAAAAUCGACGAGCAAUAAGCUAUAUUUUUUGGCAUAAGCA